CCGUACACGCCGGAAAAGUGGAAGGCUGGAAGUUCAUCUCGCUGAGCUGGCUGUUUUGGUGGAAGUGAGUGUCUGGAUCGACGAGGUUGGUAGUGCAAUCCUUUCACACGACAGGAGUUUUAGUUCACGGCGGGAUUGAUUGCGAUAACUGGUGCCACGUCACCUAGCAAGUUAGCCAUCCAUCUUUUCCUAUUACUGAACAACAUCGCUUUUUAGCGAGAGAGACCGAACGGCUUCUUCGACGCCAUGGACACCGCCAAUCAAGAUAUCAACCUGAACUCCCCCAACAAGGGCCUGGGAGGGAACGAGGCCCUGGCCGACAUGUCUGCGGAGGGGGCGGUGGGGAAUGCGGCCCACGUCCUCCCCCCUGGCCUCUCAGAGGAGGAGGCUGAGGAACUCCGUACUGAGCUCGUGAAGGUGGAGGAGGAGAUCAACACCCUGCGGCAGGUGCUGUUGGCCAAGGAGAAGCACGCCACCGAGCUGAAGAGAAAGCUGGGCCUGAGCCCUCUCAACGAGCUCAAGCAGAACAUCACCAAGGGCUGGCAGGAUGUCCAGACCUCCAACGCCUAUGUGAAAACCACUGAGAAACUGGGCCAGUGGAACGAGAAGCUUUCUGGCUCUCAGUUAUAUCUGUCUGCCUCCGCCACCCUGGAUGACAUAGCCCGCUCUGAAGCGUAUAAGAAGACUCAGGAAACUCUGUCCCAGGCGGGCCAGAAGACCACUGCAGCCCUGUCCACGGUGGGCACAGCCAUCAGCAGGAGGCUGGGAGACAUGAGAGCCCUGCCUUUCUCUAACUCCUUUGGUAGCAACUACUCCAUUCGCCAUUCGAUAAGUAUGCCGGCUAUGAGAAACUCGCAGACCUUCAAAUCCUUCGAGGACAGAGUUGGAAACCUGAAGUACAAGGUGGUCGGGGCCAGAGGGAACGGAGAUGUCGCCAACUCUCCAACCGAGGCCAACCCCGUUCAGGACAACGCCCCCUUCUGAAGCCCCGCCCCCCUCCACGCCACGCAUCCCUGGGACUGACUGUGUCAUCGCCUCAUCACCAAGUGACCCCUGACCCCUUCACCCCUGACAUCGCCACACUCCGCUCCCCACCACCCCCCCCCCCCCCCUCCCCAUCUCCUCUCAGCUAGUUCUCUCCCCUCCAGGCAUAACCACCCCCCCCCCCCCCCUUCACACCAGUGGAGAUCUCACAGGACUAGAUGGGUCUAAGCAGAGGUGGUAGUUUCUCUGAUGAGGAAGGUGCAUGUGUGUUGUCUCCCGGUCCUGUCACAUCUACUCUGACUCCUCCCUCCUGCCCUCAGCCUUCUGCUGUGCGAGCACGGACAGUUCAUCUCAACUGUACAAAAACACCACCGCAGCAACGACACCUGAGGUCACUUUCUCCAUACCACAGGUUGUAAAAAAACAAACAAAUAAAAAAUAGUUUAAACCUUAAAAACCAUUUUGUAUUAUAAACUAUUUUACACGGCUUUGCAUAAUGUUUUUACAUAACUUUUAUCUAUACGUAUAAAUAUAUAUGAAUAAAUAUAUUGUAAACGAUUUUGCCAGCUGGCAUUCAUCGGUAGGUAAGGGGACUGGAAAACAAAACAAAAAGCAAAACAACUUUAAAAUGGGAGAGAAAAGAAAAAAAACACUAUUGAUCCUUGUUUCUACCUUCAGCAUAGUCUUCAGUUUGUUCAUUGUCGUUUAUUUUUUAUGUUUUACACAGAAUACAAUGUGAAGCAAUGCUUUGCUCUGGUGAAUGUGGAACUCUUAUCGGCCUUACUAUUCCUCUACUUUAAUUUUUUGUUUCCUUCUGGUAGUAGAUAACAUGUUAGACUUGUUUUGUUUCAGUCUCUGAAGUUGAACUGGGGAGAAAUUAUUGGGUGUGAGGAAGGAAGUGGUUCCGGUUCUGUUUAGGGUAAACACUUACUUUUCUGGUGCCACAUCUGAAGUGAAUAAUUUUCAAAUACAAACAUUCUACUGCAGUUAGAAAGAUUUGUUCCCAUGCCUCCAAUCCUUAACACACCCAACACAAAACACUCAGCCCACCUUAUUUGUAUUACAUCUACUGCAACACACACACAGUCAAUACCGUUAGUACCCUGUACACUUCCUCUUUUUACCUUUUGCACUUAUCCAGCCUACACACUAGUAAUGACUGACUAGCAGAAACAGCCACCCGGCCGCAAAAGUAAAAUGACAUAGGAAAAGGAUCUGUGAUGAGUCAGGUAGCACCGCCACUUUGUCACUCUGGAUAUGAAGUUGUGUACAGUUGCCCUGCUUGGUGUCCUGCCCUGGGAGUGGGGUGAUUGUUUUUGCCUUUUGUGGGUCUUUUUCUUUUUAAAUCAAUGUGUUUGUGUUGACCGUUAUGGUGAAAGACUCGAUGAUGUAUCGAUUUGUUUUCCCUUUUUCUUCGGGUGCAGUUCAAAGUUUAUUUGUAUUUAAUUGCCAUAGGUGAAAUAUUGCCAAUAUUUGAUACCUGUUACAAUGCCUCUCUUCCUGUCCUGCCUCCUUGAUGAAAUCCCUGACUUGUGCCAUGGCAAGAUGAAAAGACAGAUGUCAGUUUUUGCUUUUGUAGAGCUUACGAUAUGCUUUGGGGAGGAGGAAAUGCACAAUAUUGGGACGCCAUGAAUGGAAUUUGUGAAACACGAUAUAAGGGCAUGGUUUUAUGUGCCAGCAAGCCUAUUCAUAAAAGUUGACUGAUUACACCAUAUAGCUUUAUUAGGUUGUAAGCCUAGUAGUAGUAGUAGUAGUCGUAGUACUAGUAGUGUAUAUAAAGGGAGCAGACAGGAGUUAUUGGCAGACAAAUUAAAAUGUUUUAGUUUGUUGUAUAUGUUUGGGUAUCAAUAAAGCAUUCCUUUAAACAGUG